GGGCUAUAAAGAGCAGGGCCACAGAGGCGGUGGCACCAGAUGGAGACCCAGACUGUGCAGCAGGAGCUGGAAACCCUUCCACCCACCAAGAUGGCUCAAACCAACCCCAUGCCGGGGUCCGUGGGGCCGUGGAAGAUAACCAUCUAUGACCAGGAGAACUUCCAGGGCAAGAGGAUGGAGUUCACCAGCUCCUGCCCAAACAUCUCUGAGCGCAGUUUUGAUAACAUCCGGUCUCUCAGGGUGGAAUGUGGAGCCUGGAUUGGUUAUGAGCAUACCAGCUUCUGUGGGCAACAAUUUAUCCUGGAGAGAGGAGAAUACCCUCGCUGGGAUGCCUGGAGCGGGAGUAAUGCUUACCACAUUGAGCGCCUCAUGUCCUUCCGCCCCAUUUGUUCAGCUAAUCAUAAGGAGUCUAAGAUUACCAUCUUUGAGAAAGGAAACUUUAUUGGACGCCAGUGGGAGAUCUGUGAUGACUACCCCUCCUUGCAAGCCAUGGGCUGGUUCAACAAUGAAGUUGGUUCCAUGAAGAUACCAUGUGGGGCCUGGGUUUGUUACCAGUAUCCUGGAUACCGUGGGUAUCAGUAUAUCUUGGAAUGUGACCAUCAUGGAGGAGACUAUAAACACUGGAGAGAGUGGGGUUCUCAUGCCCAGACUUCCCAGAUUCAAUCAAUUCGCCGCAUUCAACAGUAGUGGAUUAAAAGCUCCAAGUAAGAGAACAACUCAAGCAUGAGACCUUGCUAAUAAGCAAUCUAGAAUGAAUUUUAUGUUCUGCUCACAGACUUGCUUCCGAAUGUUAGCUAAAAUCCACAAUAAAUGUCAUUAAAAAAAAAAGUUGUAGACUGAAUUAACUACCAUGCUUUAUAUAAAUCACACUGAAGUGCCUAACUUUUCAAGACAAGUUUCAGUAAAAACCAAAUUCCCUUUUGUGUCCUUGCAAGUUACUUACCAAGCUAAGGACAAUUACCUAUCUCAAAGGCCACUAAAUCACGUAACCCAAAUAUAUCAGACUAUAUAUAGUGACUAAAAGUGACACUUUCAGUAAAUGUUUUUUCAUCUUUUUUCCUUAUUCUGUACUCUAAUAAUGUUGAUCUUUUUUCACCUUGAGACCAACUCAAAUGCUAAACUUGAGAAGUUUCUCAAAUAUGCACUGUCAUAUAUUCCUACAUAAAUCCCAAAUCCUGGCAACUUACUUUAGUUGCUUAAUUGCGUAGUUCAAUUUUGGUUUCCUAUUUCAGCUGGAAAAACCUAAGGAUCAAUAUCUUGCAAAAAGGCAGGAUAGCUGCUCUCCCAUUCGAUUUUUCAAUAAACAUCUAAGCACCUUAAUAA